UCUUAUUUUCAAACACACAAAGGAGUCUGCCAUGAGAAACAUUACUAUGAUACGCUACUGGAGGGGUCUUCAUUGUGUUUUGCUGGUGGCACUGAUGGGGGCACCAGGUUUGGAGGCCUGGGAGCAGAUUUCCUGGACCGGGCAGGUCAGAGCUGGUUUCAGUACCACUUUCACCUGUUCCUCUUCAUGCCAACCAAACUGCAUCUACACCUGGUCCUUUAUGGGCCGCACGGUCAACGGGAGCAAAUUCAACUGGACACCAAAUGGACUGGACAACAUAGUAGAUUUACAAUGCAAUGUGCUGAAUCCGGAAACGGGAGUCUCCAGCAGUAUUACCUCCAUUGUAGAAAUUGAGAAUCGAAUGUCCGUGCAAAUCAGUCCACCGAACACUGUUCCGUCUCUCAACCAGCCACUGGAUCUGGUCUGCCAUGGUGCUCCAGCAGGUGACCCUUCACAGCCGGUGAACCAGGUGGUCUGGCACAAAGACGGACAGAAGGUGAGCCUGCGUGAAAAUAUGCAGCUGCUGCAAAACAACCUCACACUUCACUUUGAAUCACCGCUUUCUGCUGAUGCUGGAUUCUACAUGUGUGAGACUUCUGCGGCGACGUUUCAACAGACAAGAGUUUUCAGCCUGGGCUACCUACUCAGCUUUGAUCCUUGGAACGUCAGCAUCAGCGGACCCGACACCGUGUUUCCUGGCAUAUUGAGUACAUUCACCUGCUUGACGAGCUGUACCUUAAAUGUGGAUUGUACUGUCAGAUGGCCAUUCAGGCAGGGUUUCCCCAUUGGAACCUACUUUUCAGUCCAUGGAAAUGAGCUCAAGUGGACCUCUUCCAUAGCGGGUACUUCCCAAAACUUCACCUGCGUUGCAGAAAAUGCAGCAGUUGGACGCUCUGCUGAGGCCACCAAGUUGGUAGAAGUUUUAGGUAUUCCUCUCUCUGGAUCAGAGGCGGUGCAGCUAAAUGGACUUCCUUCAAUGAUCGUCAGCCUGGGUUUGCUGCUGCUUUUUGCUUUUUAAGCUUUAUUGAGUGUAUUUGCACUUUUGGAAAUGUUUUUCUUUGCCUUUUUCUUUUAAACUUUUCAUGUUAGAAUACACUGGUUCACCCAUUUUAACACACCACAUUUAGUUGUUCCUCAAUUAUUGUAUACCAUAAAUCCUCCAAAUAAGAGUAAAUAUGUUUAUGAAGCCAUGGAAGCAAAAUGAAGUAAAAGUGUACAAAAUAGAAUAACUUUUAGGAAAUGUUCAAAAAUGUAAAAUAUCCAUAUAAACCCCAAAAUUAAAAUAGCUCAACAGUAUAUUUCCUUUACAAAAGACUAUUGUGUAUGUUUCUCACCAUUAGCAGCAGCGUCCGAAAUGUGUGAGAACAGCAGGACUGCAAUAAUAGAGACAAUAUAUUAUCUGUUUUUUUCACAUGGUUACAUUUGACAAUGAAGCCUAUCUGAUAAAUUACUUCUGAGUUCAUAUAAAUUCAGGUCAAAGUUAUGGUGUUAUUUCAGAUUUUCUUUUACUGCAGUGUAAUUAGGUCAUUUCAUAUGCACAUACAAAAUCUGUUUUUUUUUUGGGAAGCUACAGUGACAUAGUUUUUGUAUGACUUUUACUGGGACUCUGGGUUUCAGCAAUCAGCUGUCAUCAAAUCCUUUUGCAAUUCUGUACAAUUUUUUACUUCAGUUCGUACUGCAGCUGCUCUUACACAGUACGUACUGUUGCAUGCAGUGUGCACACACUGGGUCAUACUACGGGUUUUUGGUACACUGUAUUUGACAUACUAUGUAUUAGGACAUGUCUACUAAAUCUUUUCCUGAUAUAAUAAAUAGCACGGUAGUAUGGAUAUAGGAAUGCAGAGUUUGACUUGAAGUUGACCUCUGACCUGGAUGUGUUACUGAUUCACACCGAUGCUGAAAAGAGGUUUUUGUGAAGUCAAUUUAUGUUGAAAAAAUAACCGACUCCUUUAUAGUGAUGUGUUGAAAUACACGAGGUUAGUGACUCAAGAAAGUCCCUCUUAACCUCCCUUAAACGGAACAAAUAAUACAGAUAAGAUAAUGAAUCACAACUAACAGAUGAGGGAGACGGAGGCCUCUUGUGUAUUUUGCUUUUCCAUUUUAUAUUAUCCGUCCUUUUUGUUCUUUUGGCUUUUUUUCUCAGGAUGUUGUCUCACCUGUUGCAAAUUAUUUUGGCCCUGUGGUUUAGUUGGAAUGGGGAAGUAAACCUAGAACACUAUUUAAAACUAUGCUGUUUAUGUAACAUAACAAAAAAAAGACUUGUCGUUCCACCCCAGAGCCGAGUUAUAUAUUUGGCCUCCGUUCAAGUUUCAGUUGGAACACUGCGUUUGUUUUGAAAACUACACAUCUAUGGUGGUGGUACAAACAAAUACAAGAACAUUUACAAGGCGUAUGUUAUAAUAAACCCCCCACAACUGACUUGCUUGAUCUGUUGCCAUCUGACCAUGAGGUGUUACUGACACUGUGUUCAUCAAAGUUUUCUUUUCUUUUCUUUUCUAGGCCUUUUCUUGCGGUUUCUUUACUUUGCUCUUUUUUCAGUUUUAGUCAUGGACUGCUGUUUGCUUUCUAAAAGGUGGUGCUGUCAGUGACAUAACAAGCAACAAAAUGUAGUCCGUAUUGAGCUAUUUAUUUAAUUAUUUACUAUUUUAACCUUUAGUUUAGUUUUCUUAGUUGAUACAGUAAAACUGUACAAUUAUAAUACAAUGAUAAUAUAAUGUCCAAAGGCAUAUUUCCAUUGUGUUCCUUAAUGUGAAUAACAAUAGCUAAGAGUCACUCAAAGUGAUUGGGCAUCAAUCCAUCAGCAAACCAACCAAAUAAAUACUUGUGUCGUAAUUAUAGAAAUUACUCCAUGUCAAGAAUAAUAAAUUAUACAAAAUGACAUGCUAAUCAUAACUAGGCAGGUAAUCUUACACUUCUAAGUUUCCCAUAAACAAUAAUUCAACCUGAAAGGAUUAUCAACAAACCAAUGUGGAUUCUGAUUAGUCAUGCCGCUCAAGCAUCCACCACACCUGUCUUGAUUCUGCUCUCUUUUUUGAAAAUGUGGUUCCUCUGGUCCGGGUGUUGGAUUACAGAGCCAGGACAUGAGGGCAUUAAGCAUCACUUCAGGGCAGAAACUGAGUCAGAUGUUAUCAGGAACAUUCUGUGGAAUGAUGACGUUUUUUUCUGUACAGUCUCAGAAAAAACUACCUCUCACACUAACUUGAGGCCUGUAAUGAAGGAAAUUAACACGGACGCAUUAUUCAAACUAUAAUCUUUGGAUGUGUGGAAAUGCUCCUCAGGCAGUUCGGACGACAUGAACUGUAAUAAUUCCCUGACCAGUGGUGGAAAAAUGAAGUUCUAUUUUGCACACUAAACACUUUAUGCUGCUCCAAAUAUUGUACUUUUCACUCCAUUUAUUUAACAGCUAUAGGUACUAGUUACUUUUCAGACUGUGGUUAUUAAUAAACAUGUAAUAUAAACUAAAUCAACUAAUAAAUCAUACCUAAUAGUGUAUAAAGUCUCGAAACUAGUCCCCCCUUUUCUAUCAACAUUAGAAGGGUGUUUAUAGAUGAUACAGCUUGAAUUAUAUUCCUGUAAUAUAAUAUAUUUUUCUGAAAUUGGCCAAAGUGAGUACUUUUACUUUAGUACUUAUAGUUUAUUUUGACGCUUAUGUACUUUUACUUCAGUAACUUGUUAGAAUUUGGCACAUCUGUUUAAUCUCAAGGAGACGCACACUGUGUUUUAGUGAGGAUGAAUGUAACCAUCAUUUGUUUUGGUUUUUAAGAACUCCUCUGACCAAGGUUUAUAACACUGCCAAGCAGACAACACCAUGUGUCAAACUUAAAUGCAACAGCCUAUUCAUCUAAAAAGACAAGUAAUAAAUACUACUAUACAUAUGUACUGUUCAGUUAAAUAAUUAGAAGCUGUCCUUUCAAUGCUGCUACUCCUAUAUACUCACCUUGAUGCUCUACAAAUACCACUGCCCAGUCAUCGAUCUCCUGUGUGUCAGCUACACAACACAGGUGUGCUCAGAUACUGAACUUUGCACUGCAGCUCAAAUAAUGCCACAGGUGUUUACUGAGUGGUAUUGUGAAUGGUAUAUUGGUUUGCUUACUCAAUGUGUAAUGAGAGAAAAGACAGCACUUCCUAAUGACUGAAAGAGAGGAGACGUGUACUGAUUGAACUGUGAAAAUACAAAUUUAUCAGCUGGUCGGUCAUAUAAUCCAGUGUAUGGUCUCCUCUCUCAUAAAUGAAAACUAGAUGGUUGUUGAUGUGUUGCUGCUUGCAAGAUUCAGAACACUGAGUACACAGAGCACACCAGAUGGACAUUAUCAGCAAACAUGUACUCCACAAAGCUGCUGCAGGUGUUUUCAUUUUGAGUGUAAAGCUGCUGAAAACAUGAGUGGAAUCGAGGCGAAUUCUUUGUCUUUGACACACAGGAAAAAAACUAAGCUGAGAGUGACAUAUGGGUAAACCGAAACUUCAGGGGGGUGGGAAGAAGAUAAAAAAAACCUCCCCGAAAUACAACACUUAUCCAAUGAGGGUCAGGGCAGGGAUAGGCAGGACACUGAUGGGGAGAAAUAUAGCAUAAUCCUCCCACAAAAAAAUAUGAUUUAGCCAAAAACAACAAAAAACUAAUGAAUACAAAUGGGUUACUACCCACAACCCCCCUAAUCCUGCCUCACAUACCUUCUGUCAUAAUUUGUCAUUUUGCUCAUUAGCCAUUUACAGAACUUACCAAAGAUAGUAAGCGGAAAGCGCAAUGCACCCUUUGUAAGUUUGACAAGAGUAAACCCCCAAAAAAACAGAAACCGCCUACAGAUAAGAACUGGGGUUGCUGCUUUAGGUAUUUGUAGGUAGGGGGCUGGACGCAUCUACAAGUAUAAUAGAAGAGAGAUAGUGAGGACUUCCUCAGACCGUCGACACAAAAUGGAGAAGAUAAGUGAAGGAACCCUGGCUAUUGCAUUGCUGGCUUUAAUACAAGGUAAUGUCUUUCAUAUUUAACUAUACUGCAAGGUGUUAUUGAUAAAACAGUUAGUAACAAAUGUUCUCUUCUUCAGGUGUUCUGGCCUCUGGUGCUGUGGAGGUCCAGCCCUCCAUCAACCCUGCUGAAGUUGGGGACUCCGUGACGCUGUCUCUGUCUCCUUCGACGUCUCUGAGGAGUGGAAGCUGGGCAGUGGGAGCGUCCCUCAUCCUCAGCUGGCUCGGGGACCAGCAGGCAGUCUUCCCCAAUCACAGCGGCAGGGCGUCAGUCAACGUCCUCACUGGAGCUCUCACCCUGCGCUCCGGCACGGUGGCUGACUCGGGAGUCUACGUAGUGCAGAGCACCGAGCCCCAGCUUAGGGCCAAUGCUUCCAUCACUGUUCUCGAGCCCAUCUCAAAUGUGACGCUAAGAACCAAUCAGACCAACCUGAUGGAGUUCAAGAGUUCAGCAGUCGUUACGUGCUCCGUCUCCUCUGGAUCCUCUCUCUCUUUCCUCUGGAUGAACCGCAGCUCUGAGGUUAAAGCCAGUGACAGAGUUCAGCUCACUCAUGAAAACUCCACUCUCACCAUAGUGAAUGUGACGCGCUAUGACCAGGGACCGUUCAGUUGUCGAGUGUUCAAUCGCAUCAGCAAUGGAACCAGUGAUCCUGUAAACUUUACUAUCAGCUAUGGUCCAGAUAACAUGGCGCUAACAGUGAAUGGACAGAACACGACUUCCUUUCCCAUCGGAUCCAAUCUGACCGUGCUCUGCUCGGCACAGUCCAAUCCUCCAGCUCAGCUUCAGUGGACUUUCAGAGGAGAGCUUGUGAACACUACAGGUCCAUUAUUGGAGCUGUUCAGUGUCGGUAAGGACCGAAGCGGUCCAUAUUCCUGUCUGGCCUUCAACAAUCACACCAACAUGAAGAGCAAUAUCACCACACACAUCAUGAUAGCAGAGCCUUUGUCAGGAUCCGAACAACAGGCAGUCAAUGUGAUGCUCCUGCCGCUGCUGUUACUAGUUGAGUUCCUCUUCUUAUUACCGGCUACAUCUAUCCAGAAGAUACAUGCCUCUGAGAACCCGUUACCAGUGGGCAGCAAUGUCACAUUUUUCAGCCAGGACAAUGUCACCGUAGGGGCGUGGCUGUUCGACAAUGAUAUCAUUGCGCUGAUAUUCCCAGGAAAUACAAUCAUAACUAACAAUUGGAUUGACAGAGUUGCAUUCAAUUCAACCUUUUCAUCAUUGACUAUAAGUUCAGUACAGCUGGAAGACUCUGGACUGUACACAUUACAGGCAGUGAAUUAUUUUCGCGCCCAGUUAAUGCUGUCAGUCCAAGUGCCUAUUUCAGGUGUGACUCUGAGGGCAAACGCAACCAACCUGGUGGAGUUCAAUGACACAGCAGUUCUCACGUGCUCUGUGCUCAACGGCUCGUCCCUGUCUUAUGUUUGGCUGAAGGGCAGCUCUGUGGUCACAGCCGGCGGGGGAGUACAGCUCCACGAUGGAGGUGCCACUCUCACCAUGGUCCGGGUGACCCGCUAUUACGAGGGGUCGUUCAGGUGCAAUGUGUCCAACGGUGUGAGCCAUGAAAGCAGUCUCCCUGUAUAUCUGAACAUCAGCUAUGGUCCAAGUAACACAAUGAUGGUGAUCAUGCCCAUGAGGUCCACCUACAUAACAGGAUCUAACAUCACACUGUCAUGCUCAGCGGACUCCAGCCCUCCGGCGAUGAUCCAGUGGAUGGUUGAUGGGGUGUACCUAAAUAACUUUGGCCCACACCUUCAACUGGAGACGGUUACAGAGAGCAACUCAGGAAAUUACCAAUGCGUAUUUCACAACACAGUAACGCUGAGAUUCAGCAGCAAAAGUGCAAUGAUCAGGAUUAUGGAGCCAAUAGCAGCAGUUGUGGUGAAUCACACAGGUGGACCAGUAAUACUUCAUGAGCCGCUCAGUCUGCAUUGUGAAGUGACUGGAUUGGUUGCCAGCAUUCAGUGGAGAAGGAAUGGUCAACUUAUUACAGCUGACAAUACAACCUUCUUUGACAUGAACAACACGACAUUGAUUAUCACCCAAGUCCAACUUUCAGAUAACGGGGAUUAUCAGUGUCAGGCUUUCAAUUCUGUGAGCAACAUGACCAGCAGCCCCUACACAGUUAACGUAAACUAUGGCCCAAAGAAACCAGUGAUCACGGGGCAAUCCAUGGCUCUGACAGGAACACUGGAAACCCUCAACUGCUCAAGUGCCUCUCAUCCUCCCAGCCGCAUCAGCUGGUACUACAAUGGUUCCCUGGUGGCUACCACCUCAAAUUUAGUGAUUGGACCUCUGACCUUAAAUAUGAGGGGGAAGUACAUCUGCAUGGCCUUCAACAACAUCACCGGCAAAAACAGCACUGCCUACACGAUGCUCACUGUUUUGGCUCCAGUGACCAUGGCGUCAGUAAAAAUUGUCGGACCUCAGCCAAUCCACAACCACACUUUCACUCUAACCUGCGCGACAGCUGGAGGUGUUGAGUCUAUUACCUGGAUGUAUGGUUGGUACCCACUGAAUGCUGACAAUACAAGAAAGUUCUCAAUGGACAACGCCACCCUGACCUUCGAUCCUGUCAUGAGCUCCGACAAUGGGACCUAUCGGUGUGUAGCUUCCAACCCACUCAGCAGUGUAUCCAGUCAAAUCUUCGCGCUGGAGGUUAUUUAUGGACCAGAGAUGCCAACUAUCAUGGGACCAAAUGUCGCAAAGAUAGGAGACAACGCUACAUUCAGCUGCUACGCAUCAUCAAACCCUCAUAGCUCCUACAAAUGGUUCUUCAAUAAUUCUCUAGUGGCCAAUACGUCAGAUUAUGUCACACCUCCUCUUACCAAAGACAUGAGUGGGAUGUACACCUGCAUGGCCUUCAACAACAUCACCGGCAAAAACAGCACUGCAUACACGAUGCUCACUGUUUUGUAUCCACCAAAGUAUGUACAUAUUGAAGCACCGAUGAAUCCUGCCAUAGAGGGUUAUUCUUAUAAGCUAACAUGCAAUGCGUCUGGAACGGUUAAGCAUGUUUACUGGAUGAAAUAUGGUGAGCCACUGCGUGAAGACAACACGACUGUUUUCUCCUCGGCUAACAAGACAGUCACUUUCAACCCACUCAAACACAAUGAUACUGGACACUACCAGUGUGUGGCUAUUAAUGCUCUUUGGAACAUGACCAGCCCUCCGUACAUGCUUCUUGUGAACUUCGGACCAAAAAACCCAAUGAUUCAUGGGCCAGCUUUUGCUGAGACGGGACAAUACGCGGUCUUCAACUGUUCUGCCAUGUCGAUGCCUCCCAGUCAGUUCAGCUGGUGGUUCAAUGGCUCCAACGUGGCCAAUUCUUCCGUGUUUACAACUGACGUUUUGACGCUAAAUAUGAGUGGAGAAAUCACCUGCAAGGCCUACAAUAAUGUGACGGGAAAGAAGGUCACAAAAUCCAAAAUGCUCACAGUCAUUGAGGCAAUAGGGUCAGUGAUGAUCACAAACAACACAGUUCCAAUAAACACUGAAAACUUCACUCUCACCUGUGACGUCACUGGGCCCUAUGACAUGAUCUACUGGAUGAAGGACAACAUGCACCUGAACAUGAUGCACUCCGUCGCAGACCCUCACAUGUCCUACCACAUUGAAAACAACUCGCUGCAUUUCACUCCGGUGACCUUGCACAAUGAGGGGAUAUAUCAGUGUGUGGCUACCAAUCAGGCUGGUCCACAUAAAAGCCCCAAAUAUAUGCUCCUGGUGAACUAUGGCCCUCUGAGUGUGACUAUCUCUCUUCCAUAUUUAACAAAACAUGAUCUCUACGUGUCCCUGACAUGCUCUGCGGAUUCUCGGCCAGAUUGUGACUUCCACUGGUUCUUAAACUAUGAGUCAUCAGCGGCUGUACAUAUGGGCUCUGUCAUCACUUUCCUUGCGACUAAUCAGGGAAACUACACAUGUAAGGCGACGAACCCUGUGACCAAUAUCACGAUGUACAAAACUAAAGCCUUUACUGUCACUGCUCACGCCUCCCCCCUCCGCUUCCCAUCCCAAGGUGGUCUGCUUGUGAUGGGUCUGUUUGCUUUGUCUGUCCCUGUGCUGUUCAGCUGAGUCCUCUGCACUGAGAAAUGCAGUCGGAUUGAAAGGCCUCUUGCUCUCACUGCAGUCUUAACAGUCUUAUUGGAAAAUGAAAACAAUUUGACUGUAUAAUCAAUAAUCUGAUGCCACUUUAUCAGUUCUUUUGGGGUUUUGCUGAAAAGACAAAGAGGCAGACUUCAAUUCAUCUAAUAGUUUGUUGUUAGAUAUAUUUCCUUUUUAUUUUCCUCUUAUUGUAUUGCCUGUUAAAUGUUUUUAUUAUUAGUAUAAAUAGUUGCUAUUCUUAUUGUGAUGGUUGUUGUUGUCACUACCCUUGAGGUAGUUUAUUUCAAAUAUUUCGAUACAUUUGCAUAGUUUAACAAGUGUAUUACUCUAAAAUACCUGCAUACUCUUUUGGUACAAACUGCAAUUCUUCAGUCUGAACACCAGCAGCUGUUUUGUUAUGCGCAAUAAUAUUAAGUAUGGAAAAUUAAGUAAAUGUAAGUCUUAUCAUGCUUUAAUUCAUGGUAUUUAUUUCUUAAUCAAUAAAUAAUCAACAGAAUGAA